GCGGCCAAUGAGGCGGCUGGGGUCGGACCCGGCGUGCGAGGCUGGGGUGUAUAUAUAGCGUAUGGGGCACAUGCCUCCUUGGGGUGUCCAUCUCAAUGUGUGGUGGCCCGCUCGCACUCCUGCCCAAGGAGUAGCAUGCCUGGGCCCCAAGGCUGCCGGGGUUCCCCCUGACCCCCCAGGUCUAUCCCGCAGAGAAGGACAUCGUGCACACCUAGGGAAACUUUCUGCCUCCUCAAUGGAUGGAUGAGCCAAGCGGUUCCUCCCUCCCUGGAUUACUUGAGCUUCAUUCUGGUGGAAGAGAAAAACUGGAGCCCAGGAAUGGUCAUCGGCUUGGGGAGCACGCAGGAGGAGUUCGGCUUUGACACCUGACAGCUCUGAAACUGGGUUCUGCCACAGCUGCACAGAAGAGCCCACAGUCUCUGUGCACACGUGCACACAGAGGAUAUUUAUUUAUAUAUUUAUUUUAUUUAUAUGCGUCCUGCCAUCUUUCUUACAUUAUUUAUUGUGAAAGUUGUUGCCCGCCCAACAAGUUCUCCGGAGAAAAGGGAAAAUUUUGAAAUUCCCUUGCAGAGACUGUGUGUGAUGAGGAGGAAGAGGAGGAGAAUAACCAGGGGCUUGCUGUGAGCCAGAGACCCUCCCUUUAAAGUAGAGCAGUUUUGCUUUGACGUAUUGCCUGGGUCAGUGUGUCCUCCUGACAUACCAUAUCUCUGAAGCAUCCAUCUGUCUGUCCACCCCUCUUCUGCGAAGAUGAUGCUCAAUUCAGACCAGACAGAGAUUGACCUGCCCCCGACACACUCCGAGUCCGAAUCUGUCUUCAGCGACUGUGGCGGCGGCCGCGCAGGCAGCACGGAGGACGCCGGUGGCGUUGGCUUGUGCGCUCAGUCCCGGAUAGCUGAGCCGGGUGAGGCUGUGAAGAAAGACCUGCAGCACCUGAGUCGGGAAGAGCGUAGGCGCCGGCGGCGUGCCACGGCCAAAUACCGGACAGCCCAUGCCACGCGGGAGCGCAUCCGCGUUGAAGCCUUCAACAUGGCCUUUGCUGAGCUGCGGAAGCUGCUGCCCACCCUGCCACCAGACAAGAAGCUCUCCAAGAUUGAGAUUCUCCGCCUGGCCAUCUGCUACAUCUCCUACCUGAACCAUGUGCUGGAUGUCUGAGCCGCCCAACCUGCGUCCGUCUGUCUGUCUGCCACAUCUCCUACCUGAACCAUGUGCUGGGCAUCUGAGCCAAAAGCUCAAGUCCGUCUGUCCAUCUACAACCUGAACCACAUGUUGGGCAUCCAAAAUGCUGUGCCUGUGUUCAUCCAUCUGUUCAAAUGGACCAAGUCCUCAGCUGUCUGCUCUACCCCCCAUCUGAACUAUGUUCUGUAUUUCCCCAUCACCAAGCCCACAUCCGUCUGUCUUUCCAUCCUGCCUGAGACAGGCUGGAUGUUUGGUCCAUCAGCCAUCUGUCUGUCCUGCUGGAUCUGCUGCCUGAAGCCUGUGCUGGCCGUGUACACUCCCAACUUCUGUCCGUCCUUCUGCUGCCCAUCCCACUGAUACUGCCUAAGGGAUCCUGAGCCUGCAUCCGUCAGUCUGUCUGCCACAUCCCCUCGCUGACCCAUAGCAGGAGCCACUGAGCCCAAGUCUGUGUGUGUCACCUCUUUUUACAAGCCAC